AUUCACGAUCCCUACGGAGGCGGGCGACCGACCGUUUUACGGUGGUUGCUUAAUGCUCAGUGUCGAACGGACCGCGUGUCGUGGCGUUCGUGUCUGCUUAAUUUGCGGUUUCCCGUUACUAGCUACUACGUAUGUAUCGUAGUGAUAAUUGCAACGUUAUUAUAUAAUUAAUUUACUCUCCGUCGUCGUUGCCGCCCCCAACCCGACGACACGCGUUUUUGGUCAGAGCUAUGCUGGAUAUGAUGAACAAAAUGGCCGAACUUAAGUUCGAAGCGCCGCUGGCGCAGUUCGAGGAGUCGGACGAGUGGACGAAAAUGAUGGACGACGAAUCGCCGCAGCAAUCGACCAAUAAAACCCUCAACCACGUACUCCACCAGGGCGGCGGUAGUCAGCCGACGUCCGGCGGUGUACCUAAGGACAUCGAGCAACUAGACAACAUGUUCACCGGCAGAGGAGCUCAGCUGGAUGUAAACAAAACGUCGUCGUCGUCGUCUUCAUCGUCAUCGUCGUCAUCGCUGACAUCCUCGUCGUCUUCGUCGUCGUGCACGCAGUGCGGAGCGAACAACAAUUUGGAAGUGACGAACGACGGCGACAAUUUCGGCGAGACGUUCAGCGGAUCCCUGGAAGACCUGGUGCACACGUUUGACGACAAAAUCACCAGAUGUUUUUGCGAUUACGAGGAGUCCGUGGAAAAGUUAGCUCCGGUUCAGAUCAGGACCCAGGAAGAGAUAAUGAACGAAUGCCAGUGAGUAUUAUUUAUAUCCGAUUAUAAUUAUAGUACAUCCGACCGUAAAUAAUAUUAUUAUAAUGCGUGGUUGUAAUGGCGGUCUAUUUUUCUAUAUAUAUAUAUAUACAUGAAGUGGCGUACGAUAGGGGUUACAUGCCCCCUACCUCGCUUAAAACCACAACGAAUAAGCGAUUAUUUAGUAACUUUAUCUUGAAAUUAUAUUAAUAUACUUCAGCCGAGUUACAUAGAAAAAAAGGUUUGAUUUUUGGUGUUCAAUAAAAGUUGACCUUUUUUGCUGCGUCCCGGCCUUUAGAUUCUCACUGUCGACUUGGGUGUUUCGGUGUAACAUACCGAAGAUUCCACGGUCUAUUCGCGAAUCGCGGUUGUUAUUUACUACGCCCCCUCCCAUCGAUAACUCCUGAGCGCGCCACUGUUUAUACGUAGAUAUAAGUAUACUUACUAUCACAUUGUGUUUGAUAUUUGUCCGGGAAGCCUUAUUAAUGUAUACGGGUGAAUUAUGUUGUAUUAUGUUUGCAUCGUACGAACGCAGAACUACACGGGCGUUGGAAACGGACGAAAGAAACGAAUGUAUCGUCUAAAUGUAUAAUGUUACCGUGUUUCGCGGCGAGAAAUGGCCAAAUUGAAUUUUGUAUUUUCACAGCCGCAUAGGUAUUUUCAGCCAACUGUGUUACGGCUGUAAUAACAGGUACCUAUAGUAACCUAUACCUAGUCAUAAUCAAAGCGCGGUUAUCGCGGUCGACCGGGGUAUAAAAACAGAGGAGCAAUGCCUUUUCGUACAUUCGAUCGCGGAAAUGUAAAUUACCUGCGCGCGCACCGGCUUUUCGUUUACCCGCGGGUAUUGCACCGUACCCAGCAGGUACGUAUCCUUUUCUUUGUACCUACACUCAAUGUUGAACCCGAACGAUUUAUAAAGGCGUACGUCUGUACGGAUUCGGUUUCCCCCCCCCCUCCUUCCCCAUCGGUUAUUAUUAUUGUCGUUCAUACAGGUGACGUAGCGACGACGACGAUAUGACGAAACGAAAACAAAAACAAUUUUUUUCUUUUCUCCACUCUAUUCACCGAAAUUCCAAAAACCUUGGUUCGCCUACUCGACCCGACGCGCAACGCGCAGCGUCGCCGGUGCACGCACGCAUCGUCAUGUACACAGGCGCGCACCGCGGGCCCGACAGCUCGCCUAAAUCGCGACCACAAUGCGAUCGUUACGCCUCGGCGCGCGAACGAGUGAAUCACCGCGGCGACUAAACGCCGUACGUGUGCGAGCGCGCGCGCGCGCGCGUGUGUAUAUGUGUAACGGUGUCAUUACGGCGAGACAAAAGUCAAAAAAGACGAAUAACAAUAAAUAACAAUAAUAACGCGUCGCGAUAAUAAUCGCGCGUGUUUUCGAGUGCGGUGCGCGACCGACGGCGGAAGCCGAUGACUAGCCCGUCGGUCUCGUUUUGCGCGCCCGUGGUUUGCCGCCGUUGCGCCCGUUUCGGAAUUUACGGUUUCACAGUAGACGGGAAAAAAAACCCCCCCAUCCCGAUAGGUACCUGCCUAUCCACCCACCCACCUAACCUCGUGCGAACUGUGCUGUACUUCUACGCGGGCGUAUAGGCCGAAUAAUUGGCUAUUAAGUAAGUGGACGGUGUGCGCGCGUUCGUUUCGUUUCGGUCUUAUACGCGCGCGAUAAUGUAGUUGAAAUGUGCUUACGCGGACCGCACAGAACUCGUUUGAUUUUGGUUUUUGGAGCAAACACACCUAUUAUAAAAUCAAAAGAGAACCACGUGCCGGGGGGGGAGCAAGACGUUGCGUUUUUAUCAUUUUCUCCGGAUAUAACGGCCAAUGUACCGUUUAUAAAUAACGACUUUUUCAACGUUUUUUUUUUUUUUUUUAAUUAGUUAAAACUUAAAAAAAAAAAACAAUAGUAACUUUUAACGAAAAACGCAACGUCUUGCCCUCCGGAAUAUUGUUCUCUGUUUGUUUCAUUAACGGUGCUUUUACUCGAAAACCAAAACUAAGCGAGUUCUGUGUACUCUGCGUAAGCAUGUUUUUACUAGGUCUCGUGUUUGUAAGACGGAAACAACAAAUGCAUAUCCUCUUAAGGUAAUAGCCAAUAGACGAAGCAUAUUAUAAUGCACGGUCAUUAUGAUACCUAGGUACUUGUUAUAUUUUGUAUACCUACAUAAUCUUUAUGAGACUAAUGGACCCCGUUGGGCAUACAAUUAUUUAAAUAUCGUCCCGUUUUGACCCCGUCCUUGGGUCGCCUAUGUACAUAACAUUUUAGAUUCUGAAUAAAGCAAGAAACGUAUUGGUUUUUUCAUGCAUGUUUUUUUUCUGUUAAUAAUUUUUAUACCAGAAAUUUUGAUCUAAUAAAAACAUUUAAAUAGGAAUUUUCAUGUAACAUUUUAGAUCUAGUUUAUGCAAGGAGGUAAUUUUUUAAUUCCCUUGUAUUUUUGUUUAAUAAAACUGGCAAUUUUUGUUGAUUUCUGGAUUACGUUCGCAGCAACGAAGAAAACAUGACUAAUAAUACUCUGCUCAGAAUCGGUUUUCGUUAGCAAUUAUAAUUUGUUGCGCACAGAAAUAAAUUCAAUUACUCUUUGUAUCCUCCCUUUCAACUUACCUAUUUAUACAGUGGCACACCCAUCAGCAGAAUCGGCUCUCUUUCCCUGUAAAUUAUAUUCAGUACACAAUGUUGUACCUAAUCAUUAAUAUCCUACUGUGAAGUUGGUCAGAUAAUAAAAUACUAACUACUAGGUAUAAUAUAAUUACCUUCCUAUUUAAUGAAACUUUAUCACUAUAAUAUAAAUAAGGUUACAUUAUCUAAAUUAAAAACAAUUGAUUUUUAUAGAUCUUUAUAUAGCUGCAAAUUGUUGUAUACCGAAUAAGUGGAAUGUAUAAAGAUAUGUGCCAAUAAUGAACUAUUAAAUAGCAAUUAAGAUUAUAAUUUAUUUAUAGGUGCUUUUAUUUUAUAGUUAAAAUACCGGUUCAAAGUUUAUUUAUCUUUAUAAACAAUAUUAUCAUAAAUUUCAGGAAUAAUCAAAAUACAUAUUAUUAUGAAAGGAGUUAUUUGAUUUUCUGUUUUACGGGUGUUUUACCGACAUUUCGUUCAAGGUGUUAAAUUCCCAAACAUAUUGGAUUCUUGGGCUAAAAUUAGAAAACAAAUCUUAAACUGGUAUCAUUGGUUCGGGUUAAAUAAUAAUAACCGACAAUGUACGUCUGUCAUAGAUUCACACAUGUAUAAUUAAAAAAAAAAAAAAAACUAAAAUAUUGGCCGUUGUCCAAAGUUCAAGGUUAGUCGGGAAAUGCGAAAAAAUUCGUUUUGAAAUAUAAUACACGGCGUUUAUUUUUAACUUGAACAACUUUUUGGACAAAACAGUCGUAAAAAUGUAUAUUCCAUAAUCGCAGUAUUGCCAAAUAUUCUAAGAUUUAUAAUAGCAUUAUGUACACUAUAAUAUAAAGUUUAAGUUUGUAUCAAUUUAAAAAAAAAAAAAAAAUAACGUUUCAAUAAAAAAAAACUUUGAAAUGGUCUUUAAUUUUCGUUAUUAUACUUGUCCUAUUAAAAGAAAAAACCUUAUAUAAAUACUGCAAAUCCAAUUUAGGUAUCGUGUCCUUUUUUUAAAAGGAAGAAUAGGUAAUUUGUGUCUAGAUUUAUUCGGUUAAAAAAACGAGCACCUUUACCUCGGAAAAUCGCAUGUUUAUAGUGAUAAUUCGAUACUCGUUCUAUUUCGAUUCUCGAUAACUUCAUUUAAAAAUAAAAACAAAAUAGGUUUAGAUGUAAAAAUACAUAAAAAAAAAAAAAAUAAAAAAAAUACUAAUUUAUUUAGUAUCUAAUCUGCUAAACCACAGUGUGAUUAUCACGUUAUCACUUCAUUUUAACAUGAUUAAAUAUCGAAAUCGAUACCUACCAAAAAUACCUUGAUUUCGAUAUCGAUAAUUCUUUUAAUAAUACAAAUUUUUCUCUUUUUAAUUUUGACAAAUCUAUUUCUAUUCUGUUUUAUAGUGGAUGCAUAUUGUUCGGCCCAAUUAUAAUUUACAGAUUUUACACUACUUAAAUAUGUAGACUAUUUACGACUUACAAGAAUGAAAUUACUGUAUAUUUUACUACCUACCUACUUCUGAGAAAAAAUUAUGUAAAUACAAAAUUAUUGUCUAGGUGUUAUAGCCACACAGAUACCGUUAACUUAACUUAAUCGUGCCAUUAUAUUAAUCGUAUUAAAUCUGCUUCAAAACUAUAAUAACAUAACUAUCGAGUUAGUAAACUAUAUUAAUUUUUAAGGAAUAUUAUUGAAUUAAGAGGACGCCGCUCGUAAAUUUAUUGUCUAUAUGGCUUAUAAACGCACGACCUAACAAAUUUACAUUUAGCUAAACCAGUUUUGUGUUUUUAGUUUUAAUUGUUGAUUGAAUUGACAUGUUAUCAAACGUGAAAGGAAAACUAUUAUCCGUGUUUGUACUUUGGUUUUCUUCCAAUAUUUUAGUUUUUAAGCGAGUAACAUUUUGAAAAAAUUCCACAAUUUUUGUAAAUAAUUAAAUAAUUCAGCAGAAUCUUUAAAAUAUAUUGAUGGCUUGGACGUUUUUUACAGCAAAUUGAAUUUCAUUUUUCAAUGUUUUAUGGUAACGGAAUUUGUAUCAAUCUGUACAAAAUAAAGUUAUCGAAUACUAUACAAAUUAUUCAAGUAGAACGUCAUAAUAAUACGAACGAACUAAACAGACGACGCACAUACUAAAAGUAUAAUCUGCACAAAAUAAUUUGUUUACAACUGGGAUAUAACCGCAAAUUAGAAUAUAAUUUGCAAGUAGAAAGGAUGCAAUUCGUGUAGUCGUUUAGAAAAACCCGGAACGUAGUUCGUGUAAUCACGGAUUUCUUAUUUUGAGACGCAAUUCGUAUGCAGCUUUUCAAACACUAUAUUUGCUCCUAUUAGAUAAAGUCGUAUUUUUUUUGGCAAGCCACCGGAGACUUAUCGAUAUAAAUUAUUUCCUUUUUAUCGUUUUAGAAUAUUAUUAAAGCAAUGGUCGAAAACCAAUGCAUUUAAAUAUUUUAAUCUGUCAUCACGUGCUCGUUUAUCGUAAACACAUUGAACUCGAUGGUAUUAUUAACACAUUUCCGUUCUUUUGAGUAUUCGGUAGGUAAGUAACGUGUGUGAAGUUGCCCCCCCUUAUCCCAUUUUCUCCAAACCUCCACCAUUAUUUUGAAAAUAAUUUGAAAACCAGUCUUCAGAAUUUGAACACUUUUAUUUUAGCUACAAAAAUGGUUUUUUUCUUUCCUUUUUUUUUUAUUCAUAAAUAAUUAAAUACAAUUUUUAUUCACUGUUAACUUUUAAUUUUAUCCCGAUGUUUAACAUUUUUAUUUUACUCACAAUUACUUACGUGCACAUUUCAUCUAUUUUAACUUCAACAACUUCCGAGUCCUAUAUAAUUAUUAGAGUAACCAUUAACCAGUCGCUUGGCAAUGAAUCUUACGGAUAUAAAAACAAGAAUAGUUUUAUAUAUUAAUAUAGAAUACUAUAAGUAUAUUUUUAACUUUUUUAUAAUAGGUCACCUUUACGAAUAUCAAUUAAAAUAAAUUUACAAUAACAUUGAACAAAAUAAAUAUUAUUUGCACGAUAAUAAUAUGUGUUUUUGCUUAUUAUUACUCAAGAUGUUUCAUAUAAUAUUAUGAUAUAUAAGUUUACUAAAAUUGUUUUGAAAUUACCGGCGCAUAGUCUGAACUCUAAUAUAUACAGUAUGGUUAUUACGUUAAACACUAGUCUCAAAAAAUAUUAACUUUUUCGGAAUUUAUUCAUUAGACAUUUUAAGAUAAGCAGCUCUACAAUUUUACAUUUUCGUUAUUUUUGUCGCCUUCAUAUUUGGGAAUGAAACCACUACCCACUUUGAUUUUCAAAUUCACAAAUUCCAUAAAUAGAUAAAGUUUUAAAUAAAUAAAUUUUAAUUGGUGUUAAGGCUUUUGAUUUCCGUCAUUCCAUUAAUGAUAUAUUCCACUUCAAAAUAGAAUGACAAAAAUAACGGUAACGUAGCAUUUUAAAGUUGUCCGUUUCUAAAUUUAUCUAAACAACAAGAUCCAAAAAAUGUUCAUACUUUCCGAGAUAAUGAGUUUCUUACGCUGUGUUGAUCACUCUGUAUAUACAUAAUAAUAUUAUGGUUAGCCUAGUGAUCACAGUUACUGCAGUUUUCUGGUGAAAGUAGUCAGUAGUUUUAUUUAUUUUUUUACUUUAUACAAAUUUCAAUUUGUAUUUUGUAUACAUCAUUAAUUAUCCCUCGUUUUAAUGCGAAAACUGCGAAACCAUAGCGUUAUCACAUUGUGAAUGAUAAUAAUAAAAUGGUUCUAAUUCGUAUAAACCUCUAAAUUAUUUUAGUAAAAGCAGAAUAAAUAUUUUUUGUGUAAUCGUUGACAUGCGGACAAUAUUAUGUUAGAUACAUAAUAUGACAUACUGACAUACUACAUUAAAUAAAAUUAAUUACCUAAUAAUUUUAAAUUAUAUUGCAAAAAAAUAUAUAUAUUUAUAUAUUAAAUAUUAUAUUGUCAGUCGGCUAUAUUUCGAAUAAAAUAAAAUUGUACUGUUUUAUAUAUUCUUUUCAUUUUAAUUAAUUUUAUUACGAGUAAUAUGAUCAUCAUCAAACAUCGUUAAAGACAUACCAAACAACCAUAUUUAGUAUUUAAUUAUAUCGCCUGCCGCAAUGAAAAAGAUCGUACCUAUCUCACUUUUUCUUACUUUUUAUCUAAUCUAGUCUGUAGUGCCCAAGAUGAGUCGAUUGCCUUACAGAUACGACCUUCUUCCAGACGGUAUAAAAGUAAAUAAAAAAAGAGUAGGUACCUUCUGACAUUAUUUGAUCAAUAAGAGAGAAAAUAAUAUCGAUUUAUAUACUUGGUUUGGAAAUUUUUAUCGUGACAAUCUGUAAAUAUACGAAAAUAAGUAUGAAAACAAAAUUGACUAACGUACGUAUUUACCUAUAAUUCUUUAAAUUAAAUACAGUUGAAGCCGUUUAUUAGGAAUACGGAUAAUUGAUACAAUCGCGUUAUUGAAACAAAAUGUAUAGGGACGGACCGGUCGUCUAUUAGAACAAUCGUAUAUUAAAAUCAAUUGUUUAUUAGAAACAAUCGGUUAAUUGAUACGUUUCACCUCGGUCCCGGAGUGUUCCUAAUAAGCGGCUUUAACUGUAUUGAUAUUCGUGUGAACUUUGUAAAUCAAUUAUCAAAUUAUCAAAUUACAUUUAAAAUAUUAUCAUGGUUAGAAUUCGUACAUCGUAUACGAGACUACAAAUUAUUAUUUAACUUCCCCCCCUCCCAUUUGCUAAUGACAGAUCCCGAAAUAAAAUAGUCAAGCUAAUUAUUAUUAACUGACCUUUUAAAGUCUUAACGCCAUUAGCAGACAUUUGGCCCAUUAUUUCUAAUUUCUAUAAUUGCAUUUUUACCGCUUGUACAUUUAAGCAACGAUAUAAAUUGGUAUUCGUGACAACUUUUAAAAAAGUUUAAAGUGUCCGUUAUUGUUUAGAUUUAUAUAUUUUUAAUCAAACUUUAUAGUAUAGAUUAGAUUGGUAGGUGUAUAUUAUGUUUUUACAGUAUUUUUCGGAUAGGAUGUGAAAAACAGAAAAUAAAAUCUCAGUACAAAUACUUGGAAACACAUUCACGUUCGGUAGAUAUUUUAUUUAAACCUGGGUGAUUUUCCGUGUGGUUUUAAAUUGGUAUACACUAAAAAUUCGGGAUGGUACGUUCCACGAGACAAUAAAAAAACCGCCUAUAUUAAUUUGUUGGCUGCUGCAUGGACGUUGUCGGUCUUUUUUCCUUCGAAAACGAACAUGUGGAUAAUAUAAUAUUAUCAUAUGUCUCAGGUGUAUAAUAUAUACAUAUAUAGUAACUGCAUAUACUCCGUAAGAAAACCAGUUUUAUAGCCGCCACCAUAAUACGUACUUACGUACCUUCCUACCUCGGUAUAGAGUAACCUGUAAGACUUCACUGUGAAACACCGAUGCAGUCAAUAAAAUUGCGUCGAGAUUCUUUCGUGGGUACAUAUAUAGGUAUGCGAUAUUAAGUACCAAACACAAUAUACGCUAGCCACUAUCAUUUUAUAACAUAUCAUUUUUAUUUUUUUUUCCAUUAAGAUUAUACAUUGUAUAAAGGUUUUCGUUAAUUUGCGCAGGAUUUUUGUAAUUUAACAAGGACGUUAGACACGUGCAUUAUUAUUGUUGUCUCCGCCGUGGAAACUUAUACGGCAUGGCAGAUUUGCGCUCAGCUAAACAGUGUGCCGUUAGUUUUAAUGUUAGAGGUAUUUGACCUAUUAUCGAACUAUUAUCAAAUACAAAGAGGAGAACAUUAUCCGUAUUUGUACGAUGGUUUUUUGUCGUUUUUGAAAUUUUUAACCAAGAUUCGAGUGUGUGACAUAUCACAAUUUAAAAAUGCUAAUAAAAUUUAAAUGAUGAAAAAACCAACGUACACACGCGCAGAUAAUAUUCUUCCCUUUAAGUUGUAUAAUAGGUCAGUUCACUUUUAUAUUAAGAAUUAUAGUUUAAAAUUGAUCAUGCUAAACACAAAUUUGUACGUUUGUAAGACGGAGACAACAAACGCAUAUUAAGGGGCUUCUACACGACUACACAUAAUUUGUUUUUUUAGUUCAGUUUAGGGUAAAGGGACCUAUUAUACAUACUGUAAAAAAGAGUGUAUUUCACUACAUUUUUGACGAAUUAUAUUUAAAUAUUUGUUUUUCUAAAGGUAAGUAUUAUUCGUGGUACUAAAAUUAAAAGCAAUUAAGUUAAAUUGAAAUAUGCAUUUUUUUACAAUAAAAAUAAAAAUAUUGUAAAUUCGGCCGAAGCAUAAUAAAUAAUCUAUUUUAUAAAAUUAAGUCCUUUUGUUCUAAACUCAACCAGAGAGUCUUAAUUUACAGAGUAUAUUUGUUGCUAAAUUACUCAUUUACGUGCGAAAUAGAGAAAACAUAUUAGGUACGUGUGGAUCUAACUGCACUAAACUUUCACAUAUACUCGGCGAAUACUGUCAGUGGUACCGAAGCAAGGGGAGUACCCCCCCCCCCAUUUAAAGAAUAGGAAGCAAACACAUUAUUCCAUCCAUCCCAGAUUGAAUAAAAAGAAAGCUUUAAUGACAAAACAAACAUUAAAAUUGCAAAUAAACACUAUUUCAUUAUUUUACUAGAACAUAACUUAAGUAUAUUAUUAUGGUUUAAAAAAAACCUGUCGAAAUUGAUUAUAAUCCUGUGACAUGCAUGAUCACUAUUCAUGACACAAUGUACGUGUAAUUGUAUUCGUAACAAUGUGUAUGGCUACACUAUAUAUCUACAGAAAUUGAAUGAAAUUUAAUUUUACUUUUAAUUUAUGUUUGUACCCAAGGAUGUGCUCUGAAAUCAGGACUCGAAGUGAACGGCAGUGUAGUUCUGGUUCACAUUUACAAAAAGAAAGAUAAAAGUUUUAUCAUUUUUGUUUACAAAUCAUAUAAACAUAUUAUGUACAUUUUUUAAGUAUUUUUUUAAAAAAAAGAAGAAAUUAUGAUUCAAUAAAUGGUCUGUUUCGAGCACUAACGAAAAAGUAGAAAAAUAUAACACAGAUAGGGAAGGGAGGUGAGCCCGUUCCGGAGUGAAAGACGCGACCCUACAGGAAAAGAUCCAUGUACUAUUACACGAUUCAUAUUUUUGAAUAUAUUUCAAUAUUUUUUUAUUUUUUUUAAACAAUUGUAACUUUUUUAUUAGUUCAUAAUUCAAAACACAACUAUGAUAUUUCCUCCGAAAUAUUGUUCUCUAUAAAUUUUAUAACAUGUACUUUUACUCUAAAAUCAAAAUUAAACUAGUUUUAUUUAUUUUGCGUAAGCAUUGUUUUUGCAUGUUACCCGGUAGUUGGACUGAGACAGUAGAUGCGGGUAUAACAUUAUAACGUUCUCUUAAGCUAUUCAUACGAACGUGUACAGUUAUUAUAAUAUUUUACACUUUUAAUCUUAUUCAUCGUAAUAAUAGCGCGCCGGUGUGAUUUGAUGUAGGCGCGUCUGAUAAACGACGAGGAAUCAAGUCGUUGAAUCGUGAUCACGUUUCAUAGUUUAACGCGCGGUGAAGGGCCCCGCGGUCUAGUCCUAAGAACGAGCAUGAUGAUUCUGUAAAAUUGUACAACUAUCCCACGAUAUUAUUAUUAUAAACGCUUUGUGUUGAUCCGAUAACAUCGUUUGGGUACCUCCUACCUAUAUGUUUCGUUUUUAUUUUUUUCGGUCCAAUUAUGUAUGUAGACACGAAACCGCGCCGUAGUCCAGUUGCAUAAUGUAUUUACCAUGAUACGGACAAGAAUUAUACAAUUAUCGUGAACUAUGAAUUGCAUUUAUCUGUAGUAUAAAGUAUAACAACUUUGUUUUGUUUGUUUUUUUAUUAUUAUUAACGAUUACAUUGAGUAAAACGCGCUAGAUAUAGGUACCUAUAAUAUUGCUAAUUCGAUUUAAAAUUCAAAUACAAUUUAAUACUACAUGUUUUAUUUUAUAUUUAUGUAUUAGGGUUAUUACAUGUUACAGCCAUUUCUACGAGUUUUAUGAGAACGCAACAACGUCUAUAAAUCCAUAAUACUCGUAAUAAAAAAUAUUGACUUAUUAAACUAUAUUAUAGUAUAGUAUAUAUUAAUUAUUUGGCGGUAAAUAAUUUUUGAGCUGUCAUGCUAUCAGUAUUAUAGUUAAUAAAAAAAAAAAAAAAAAAAUGAUCUGGGAAUAUUAAGAAAUUAAGAUGACGCUACACGUACAUUUGUCUUACAUAAACAAAUUUUCUUUCAGCAGAACUGAUUUUGUGCUUUUAAUUUUAAUAUAUUAAAGCGAAUUGACCUUUUAUCAAACUUAAUAGAAAGAACAUUAUCUUUGUUCGUAUGUAGUUUUUUCGCCGUUUUAAUUUUUUAAGUUAUGUAUAUUGUAUAAGUGUGUUCAAUAUCAUAAAUUAUAAAUGCUGAUAUCUCGCAUAAAAAUUAUAUCGAAAAAACGCAAUACAUACACCCAGAUAAUGUUCUUGCUAUAGAACUACAGUACCUAACUAAAUACAUUUUUAAUUUUAUUUAGAAAAUUUAAUAAAUGAUUCGUAGUAUUAUAUUAUAUUAUUAUUAAUUAGUGUUUCUUCUUUGGGGUACUCCAUCCAGCUACUGCAGUAGUAAGCUUACACAUACACUUAGAAUAUGUAAUGUAAUUGCUGUGCGUGUUGGACAGAUGUCUCGGAGACUCCGAGAUUAAAAAUAUGUACCGUAUUAUACCCAUCUUGAUGCUAUUAACGUGUUUCUAGUUAUUUAAUGUACAUAUAUGUAUAUUGUAUAUUUUAAAAUUAUAUACACUAUCUAUACAGACUCUGCUCGAAUUUAAAAAAAAAAACAAAAUAUCUUAUAAGUAUACAAAAAAAUGAAAAAAAAAUCGUACAAAAAAAAUUGUAGACAAACUAGGUAGGUAGUAGAUACAAUAUAUACAAUUAUAUUAUUGUUUCGUGAAUACUAUACUAUGAGAGGGAUUCGAGUUUAGCGUGAAGGUACGCGUUUUAAAAUGUUAAAUUCGUUCGAAAAAUAUAUUCGAGAUUAUCCUAGAAAAUAUAAUACGAAGGGAUCUAAUGGAUAUGCUUCAUGUCCAUUUUUAAUAACUUUCCGACAGAAACACUUUUGUUCUUAUAUCUCUGACUGCACUGGGUAUACCUUCUUCAUAAUGUAUAAUGUAUUAAUAUUAUGAAUAUUUCAUAAUCAUUUUAUACGAACAAAAAUGAUAUGGGUACGUACAACGAAAAGCUUUCCCUUUUAACAUAAAACGACUUGUUUACAUAUGAUGUGGAUAAGAUAAAAAUGCUUUACUAAAAACUAUUUUUGCUCAAAAAUAUAUGACUCAGAUCCAUAAACAAUUUCUUUCAUAAACCAUAAUUUAUUAUUAAUUUCGGAAUGGCUAUAUGCGAAUAAUACGUGUAUUAUAAUAAACAUAUAUUUUAUUUAUUAUUUUAUAUCCGUAAAAAUAAUAAUUGUAAAAUGCCUACUGGCCGACCACAAAUAGCUGGAAAUCCCAACUUUUUGGCUGCGGUGACGUUCUGAAGAGAUUUUUGACAGGCCUUUACAAUUUUCACCGUUGGUUCGAAUUUCAAGGGGCCUCCUUUUUAGAGACAUCAAUACCACCUUCAAUUUAUUGUAAAUUAAACAUUUAAUGAAUUACUUACCAAAUAAUUUAAUAAUGAAUAAUAUAAUUAAGUAACGUGUUUCAAUAUUAUGGCAGUUUCAACUUGUUGGUUCUAAAAGUGAAAAAACUCUUAUUAUUGCGUUAAAUUAUUAUUACCGUAAUUAAUUGCGUUUAUUAAUUCUAUUUAGUUGACAAAAAAAUGAUAAGAUUAAAUUGAUGUAUAUGUCUGAUUAUUAUAUAUUAACUUGUAAAAUCUAAGAGUAGUUAAUUAAAACACCCGAUGGCCAAUGGAAAAUAUAUAUAUACGUUAAAUAUCAAAAAGAGCAUACCAACAAAUCAACAAGAAAUUAUUGAUAAGUUUGCUCUAAUACCAAAUCUGUUAUUAAAAAAUUUAAUGUUUAAAUAGCACACUUAUUUUGUUUUUAUUAACUUUGUUCUUCAUAGUAAUUUUAUUAUUACUCAAAGAUUGCAAAUAUUUUUGUGAGCGUUCAUAAACUUUAGAGGGUGGGGGGAUUAGACUCUUUGAGCCAUUUCCAAGGUAGAAUUAAAGCAUUUUAAAUUUUUUAAUUGCAGCAUUUCUCGUAACGUGACUCAGCUCGAUAAAGUUUUAGUGGCGGUUUGGUAGUGUUGUAGAGAAGAUAAUUUGGACUGCUGUGUUUAAUACUUGUAGUGGCGGCGGUGACGCAUGCGGUAAUUUAAGUGGCACUGAUGAUUAAGUUCAAAUAUUGACGACAAUCUUUUAAAUCAUAUUUAACCGAACUUCGAUCAAAAUCGUAUUUCGUCUGCAAUGAAGGGCGCCACAGAAAUAUAAACUAAGGGGGGCCAGAGUCAAAAGUAUAAGACUUUUUUUUACAACUUACAAGUAAUCAUGGCUUAAAUAUUUAAGCCAUGCAAGUAAUAAAACAAUUAAUAUUUAAUAUUAAUUAAAAUAGUGGGGGGACCAUGACCCCCACUGACACCCCCCUGCGAGCGCCCUUGACUGCAAUGAUCUAUUUUUGCGUACAAAUGUAAACUAAAUAACUUUUUGUAUCUUAUCUUCCCGCCUUCUCACCUACAACAAUGACACACCCAUUAGCCGUAGACGCUCUUUUUAUUGUAAGGGAAAGGGAUAGAUAGUGUACCGCUGUAAUACUAUACUCGUAUAUGUUAUCUCCUGCAUAAAGUUGUAUGCUAUAUAAACGCUAGAUUACCAUAAUUCACUUCGUAUAAAAUUAUAAUCGCGCUAUUGUAUUCCUUAAGGUAUACAAUUUAUAUAAUAUCUUCCUCUUUUUUUUGUUUUUGUUUUUACAACUCCGAUAUGGUCAUGUAUGUCUAUGUAUUUUUUUUUUAUAAGAGUUUCAAUAUUAAAUUUUGACGAUACUCGUAAAUAUUACGGCCUUUGUAUAACCGAUCUUCGUUCCGUCUAUCGUUGCUUAGGGAUAUAAAUUAAAAACCUUUAUGUAUCCUACCUUCUUCCCAACUACUAUCACCAACAAAAUUGACACACCUCUCCUCGAUAUCAGCUCGGUUUAAUGUUUAUCAUUAAAAAUGUAUUGCAUAAUACAUGUAGGAUAGCGGGAAAUCUACAGGACGACGCGAUGAAUCAUGCCAGGUGGUGGGAAUUAGUGGAAACUGCGAGGAACUUGAAAUGGAUUGUAAAGCAUUAAAAUAAUAGUAUUAAUACUAUUAUAAUAUGACACAGUGACACGAAAUGUGUUUUAAAUGACAUGACGAUAACGCGAACGGAUUAUACUCCCACGUAAUUAACCGAGUUGACGAGCAUGUCCGGGGACUCAUAAUUAUUAUUAUUUUAAGCAUAUCAAGGAUAUGAAAUAUUAUAGUACACACGGAGUUGCGACCGCGGACACGUAUACCGUUAAUAUCGGCUCGAAGACAUUAUAAUUUAGUAAUAUUUUAACAGUAAAUAUUAUUUUUUAUCAAAAAAUUAAAAAAAAAAAAACAAUUUAUUUUUAUUUUUUUUUCGUGUGAAACGUUUAAAAUUAAUGCCGACCUGCAUCGAUUAAAUAGCAGUGUAAUGUAUACCUAUAUUGUAUAUUUAAUCAAUUAGCCAUCAAACGAUGAAUUCGGCGUUAACGUGCGUAGUGCUUUUACCUAUAUAAUUUUUAAACGAAAAUCGUAUUAAAAGUACCAAUCAUACGUGUAUCAUAUAUUAAAACUCGUUAAAAACAAAAACUCAAGAUGGAUAAAUACAUUAGGAAAAAUUGUGACGUAUAGGAUAGGUAGUAUAGUCCUAUACUACCUAUACGUCCGUAUAGGUAGUCCUGUGGUACCCGUCUACCCAUAAUAUAUUUAUGCGGGUUAUAAUUUAGACGUUUAUCAUUAGAUAUAAUACGGAGGUACCCGACAAAUUAAUUGUCUGUGAAUUAUUUUCGUUUAUAACCCAAUUCAAAGGAAAUAAUAUUUUUUAUGUUUAUAAUGACGUACAGUGGCUGUCCGAAUCAUUUAAAAAUAUUAUUUUGUAUAUAAUAAUAUUGUCUUCGGCUAUUUCAAAACUCGCAGUCGGUUAUGAUCACGGUCUUAGAAUAUAGGUUAUAAGACUCAAGCUGGUUGAUGAAUACCUAACGCAUUAUUUUGUUAAUAACGCGUAACUUUAUGACGGAAACUAUAAACUGUUGUAGAAUGUUCAUAAAACAUUUUUGUGUGAACGAUCGAUGUUAUACAACUAUACAAGCGAACAAAUAUAUAAUAAUAGUGUACGCCUAAUAUAAAUAUUGGUAGGUAGAUGUACGAAAAUUACAUGCACAUUAAUUUACAGACUUAUGCUAAGUAGGUGUAUCACCCUAUUGAAAACAAAUGUGUAGCUCGAGGGAUUAGAGUAUUGUCGGUACUUAUAUGUACAAUGUUUUAUAGCUCAGCUCUAAACUCACAAAAAUAUACUCUCGUACAAUAUAAUUCGUGUGCUUUUGUACGUCAAAUGGCUAAUACAUGCGCAUAUAAGGUCAAUUGUUCGGGUUGCCCUGCUCUUAAAUUUCAACAUAUGGUUUGUUGAGUCUGUCCCUUUAAAUUAGUCGCAAUUUAUAUUCAUUCGAGUUAAUAGGCUAAGGCCAAAUUAUUUAUCGUCUACUCGUCGUAUAAUUCAUCGUGUAAUAAACAUUACGUAACCUAUAUAAUAUAUUUUAUUGCCUAUUUACUUUCAAUGAGUUGUCUUACGAAUGUUAAAUUACAUUAAAAUUAACAUUUCGCCGCGUAAUUAUUAUUGCUAGUAUUUAUUGUGUACCUAACUAAAAAAAUUUAUAUGUAUACAUAUAUAUAAUAUAUUGAUAUUUGGUUUGUUAAAAAUUUAAUAUGGAAAUUAUAUCAUUUCAGAAUGUGGUGGACGAUCACGGGCAAUUUCGGCAAUAUUCUUCCGAUCGAUUGGUCCAAGUCAUAUGCGCGCAAAGUUCAAUUGCCGGUACUCAAUUUGAAUAACAACCCACAGGUAAACCGAAUAAAUAAAAUUCUAAACGAUUAAUAACUGCAAUUUGAAAUUUAAAUAAAUAAUUCAUUUUUUGAACAGGACGAGUCGUCAGAUGAUCUUAGUAGCGAAGACGAAGCAGUCGCUAACGACUUGGAUUUGCACACUUUGAUAUUGUCGGGCACUAACGCAGACAUCGAACCUCCUACUGCCGACGAAGUGAUUAGAGAAAUCGACGAUAUUAUGGAGGUAUUUGGUAGAAUACAUUAUAAUUAUUAUAACUUAAUAAUCGUAAAAAAUAUUUAUAUAACUACAUUUUUGUUUCUUAUACAGGAGGGUACGCCGAGCGAGUGUACUCCGGAUUCUGAACAUCAUAAGGAGGUGCAUUCGCCAUUGCUUGAAGAUAGUACGUUAAUAUUUACCUAUCUACUGAUUAAUAAUACUGUUUACUUUCAAAAUGUUUGUUAUUUAUAUUAUUAUUUAUUUUUUUUUUUACGUAGAAUUAAAAACAUUAAAUGUGUCUCAGCUUAAUGAAGUUUACAUGGAAUUGGAGUUGCUGAUUAGAGACUAUUCAGAGACAUUGAUUACAGAGCUGGCCUUAAGAGAUGAGUUGGAAUUCGAAAAAGAAUUAAAAAAUUCUUUUAUAUCGCUUUUGUUGGCAGUUCAAAAUCGAAGAAGACAAUAUCACGUUGAGAAAAAACGAAAUUCAAGAGCAGGAAAUGCAAAUAAAAAUUUAACUAACGAACCUAAAGUAUGUUGUGUAAAUAUAUUUGUAAUUUAUAUUUAAUUUGAUUGUUUUAUUUAUAUUUGGUACUAUUGUUAUAGUAUCUAACCACCGUCAUACCGUAUCAAUUGGACAAUGGGCCUUUAAGUAAUCAGGCACUCCAGGUUCUCAUCAAAAGUAAGUAUAAAACGAUUAGAAAAAAAAACAUGAAUAAAUACCUACUUAUUUUAAUGAUUAUAAUAUUAUUAAUAAUAAUUUGUAAAUGCAAUGGUUUUUUUUGUAGUAUUAAAAGCAAUCAACGAAGACAGUCCAACAGUACCAACAUUACUAACAGAUUACAUUCUUAAAGGUAGAUAUGUUUUCAAUUAUUAAAAAUUUUAUAUUUUAAGUAUAUUGAAAAUUCAAUGUACCUCAAACAAUAAUAUUUACUUAACUUUUUUUAGUUUGUAUAAAUAAGCACAUAAAUAAUUUUAAAUUAUAUAUUAUGUAAAUAGGUAAACAAAGAUAACUAAUGUUGAUGAAGUGUAUUUUUUCAAUGACAUUGACUCGUUUAGCAUUAAAUAUCAAAUAACAAUACUAAUUAUAUAUAAAUAUGAAUGUAUACAAAAUAUACCUCUACCUUUAUGUAUAUAUAUAUAUAAUUUUUUUUUGUUUGUAUUUAGUAUUAUGUCCUACAUAAUCGAAAACAGAUCGGUAAAGUGAAAUGGACAACAGCACUUUGAACUCUACGUGAUAUAACUUAUUAAACAAUAAACUUUUAAUGGCAUAAUUCAUAGAUUUUUAGUAUUAAUAUAUAAGAUCUUAAUUGAGGUAAAUUAUUAAUUAGACAUAAGUAGUCGUAUUUUAUAAAAAGAAAUAAAAUAAUUAUUUCAUAAUUAUUUACAAUAGUAAUUCUGUAAGGAAAAAAAAUAUUUUUGAAAUAUUUUCUUUCUUCAAUCUAUUUUCUUUCUUUAAAAGAAAAAAAAACUAAUGUAUAAUAAUAUAAAAAAAGGCGAGUAAUUUUUUUUUUAUGUUGCCUUGUGCCUUUAGCAAUAAAAUAUUUAUAAAUAAUUAUUAUAGAAAUUAAUAAGUAUCUAAAAUAUAAUUGAAUAUUGUCAUAUUAAAUUAUUAUCAUAAAAACAUAAUAAUUGGUGCUUAUAAGAAUAUUAAUUUAUUAACUAAUAUACUCAUAUAAUAAUAGUGUCAACAAAUAUUAAUAGUUACUAUUUAUUAAGGCAUCUAAAAAUGUUGUAAAAGUUGAGAUCCAGUAUUCAAUUAAUAGAUCAAGAGUUCAGACUCACAUUUUAAAAGAUAAGAAAAUUAAAAAUAUACCAAAUUAAUUAUGAGACAUAGGUCCUACAUAAUUUUUUGAUUUAUGGGAGAUAUAUAUCGUGUUGUGCUGGGACCAAAAUGAGUGCAAAUCGAGAUGUGAAUGGGUACCUACUUUGUAUUUUUGUGUGUAAUUUUUAAUUUAUAAUUUUGCUGUAAAGUAUUUUAUCAUGACAUUGUCUAUUUCUCAAUUUAUAUUAGACUUAUUUUUACUUAAAGAUUAAUUAGAUUUACCUUAGCUUAAUUUUAGUACAUUUAUUUUAUUGUUUUGUGAUAUUUUUUUUAUUUAUGCUUGUAUACGGUUUUAAAUAUAUUUUUCUUUUUAAGCUUUACCAAUUAAUAUUAUAUUGUUCAAAUGUACCUAUAUUAUAAAAAUAAUUUUUGUUUUCAUUGAAUAUCAGAUGCAAAAUAAUGUGUAUGUCAACAUAAUAUACCGCUCUCUAGUCAUAAUAUUAUAUUAUUUCUAUAUAAAAUAAUAUUAAUAAAUGCAAAACAAAUAAUUUACCUGUAUUUGUGUCAUUAUUAAUC